AUGAGCUUGCAGAACGUGAUGAUAGUCAUGACCAAGUCAGAUCACAUCCCAACUGCGCAUCCUGCCGGGUGGACAGAGCGCUGCAGCUUGUCGCAAUGCAGGCGUCCACCGCCCUCAGGCCGCACGUAUGUGCAGCCUGCGCCGCGCACGGACAGAGCUCUCCGAGCGUUGGAGAGGCUGCGACGUGCCGUGGCGGAGUUUCCGCGUGAGGCCCGGCGCGAGGUCUUGGAGGCCAUGGCUCCGACAACGCGGCUGGCGCUCCUGGCAUUCAUGGAGCGGCUGGAGCGGUCCAAGGCACCUCUGACAGUGGCCGUUCCGGGCGGAGAGUCAUCCCAGAGGCCGAGACCAUGGCCAGCCCGGCUGGCCAAGGCCAAAGCACGCUUGCGCUCAGCUGAGCGAGAGGCACACCGACCGUGGAGGCCGAGGGCUGCCAGGAUUGCAAGGACUGCAAGGACUGCAACUGCAAGGUCGGAUCGGCAGGGGCAGGGGGGCGUCUAUCGGAAGCAAGGUGGCUGGAUGGCGAAGCUCUGCCUCAUCCCGUACUUCUACGUGUCAUCUCGCUGCUUCCAGAGCCCGCAGCAGGCCGCCAGCAUGCUGAAGGUCCUUCGCAGAGCACGGGAUUUGACGGCAGCGACAGCGACCGCGACCAGUUCAUGUUACAGGAGUGAGCUCCUGAAACAGGCGCUGGUGGAUGCCUGCUGCCAGGAGGGCUUGGAACUUCAGGACCUGGCGCCCUCCUUCACUGCGUAUGUGGAUGCCAAGGGCAUCGUGGGAUGCGCAGUCUCCUCGCGGUCGAGCACCUGUCUAGAGGAGGCCCUUGAUCACAGGAGUUUGCUGCUGGCUGGCCGAGCAAAGGGGUGGAGUCACUUCCGCGAGGCCUGGCUGCAUGUCUUGCAGGCGACGGUGCAGCGCAGACCCUCGCGAGCUUGGGGGCGUGCCCGAAGCAAGCCCCUCAAGAAAGCUCAUGCGGAGGUCUUUGUAGACAAGGCCCGCAGGAGCUUUGAGUUGCAAAUGGAGGCCACUGCUGUCGCGGUCUGCCGGAAGCGCCUGGCCAGAGCAGUACAAAAAGUGGAUGCGGUCCUGAAAGAGUCCCAUAAGAAACGGAGCCUGUGA